AUGGCCAACACGGAGAACGGCCGUCGGCCCUUGGACACAAGGAGCAUUCGGACCGUCAGCAGCAGCCACAUCGAAGACGGAAGUUCGUUGGGUUCCGACUCCGAGAUCAACGGUUUCACCAGCGACAGACAAACGGACAAAUAUGGAUUUAUUGGCGGAGCACAACAGUACACGGAGGAGUCAGCUCAGGAUGUACCUACAGCAGUGCUCCGGCAAAGGGAGGUGAAGUGGUUGGAUAUGCUCAAUCACUGGGACAAGUGGAUGAUCAAGCGGUUCAAUAAGGUGAGGCUUCGAUGCCAGAAGGGAAUUCCUCCUUCACUGCGAGGCCGUGCGUGGCUAUACCUUUCAGGAGGGAAGGGCAAGAAAGAACAAAACCAUGGAAAGUUUCAGGAGUUGGAUAGCCAGCCAGGGGACCCCAAAUGGAGCGAUGUGAUUGAGAAAGAUCUGCAUCGACAAUUUCCAUUCCACGAGAUGUUUGUGUCACGGGGAGGGCACGGGCAGAAGGAUCUUUUCCGUGUUUUGAAGGCAUACACUCUGUACAGACCAGAGGAGGGAUACUGUCAGGCACAGGCUCCCAUUGCUGCUGUGUUACUCAUGCACAUGCCUGCUGAGGAUGCAUUCUGGGGGCUGGUACAGAUUUGUGAGAAGUAUCUUCCUGGCUACUACAGCCCAGGCCUGGAAGCUAUACAGUUAGAUGGGGAGAUCCUUUUUGCUCUGCUGCGACGUGUCUCUCCUUUGGCCUUCCGCCAUUUGGAGAAGCAUAAGAUUGACCCCAUCCUCUACAUGACUGAAUGGUUUAUGUGUGCCUUCUCCAGAACACUGCCGUGGGCGUCUGUGUUGCGUGUCUGGGACAUGUUCCUCUGUGACGGUGUGAAAAUAAUCUUCCGAGUAGGCUUGGUGUUGCUAAAGUGCAUGCUUGGUAGUCGUGAGAAGCUGAAGGCUUGCCAGGGACAGUAUGAAACCAUGGAGCUUCUUCGUGCAGUGGAGCCACGAUACAUGCAGGAAGGUUUCCUUGUCCGAGAGAUCUUGGAAGUGCCGAUUACAGCGCGUGACGUGGAAAGGGAACAUCACAGCCAGCUGAAGCGCUGGCGGAAGAACCGCGGCGAACUCAAUUUCAAAUCUCCUCCCAGGAUGCACGGCGCCCGACUCGUCAUGCUGGCCGACCCCCCGAGGCGCCAGGACCUGCAGCAGCAUCCCACUAUUCUAUUGGAGGAGGCGGAGCUGCUGAAGAAGGAGCAGAAGAGCAAAAAGAAAACCCUGAAGAAGUCUCAGGUCCCUGAAGAGAUUCCCAACCCUUACCCUCUUCCCAACAGUGCGCCACCCCCACCAUCUUUUCCACCAGCCCCGCCUCCAAUGCCAAACAAGGCCCUGGAGAAUGUGCCACAGACUCAAACAGAGCUACUUCACCAAGGCCGUGCGCUCCCAGCAGACCUCCCCCCUGCCAAAGAGACUCCCCUGCAGCAAUCCACACACAGCCUUAGCAGCACAGACCAAGAUACGUACCUGUAA